CCUAUACCAAGGUGCACACAGGCGGGCGGCAGCAACGCUCGACCAAACAACAUGCAUCCCUCGGUGGCUACUGGGAUCCCCGGUCGAUCGACGCCUUCGCUCUCUCGAUCCGCUGAAGAACAGGCCACCAGUCGAGAACUGAAACGUCUGCAACACGAACUGCAGGCCAUGCGAGAGCAGGUGCGUUAUUCUCGGUACUUUAUGUGCUUUCUUCUCCCCUCCCGCUCCUCAUCCUUCUAA